AUUCUUUUGGUCAGUUUCGAUACGAUCGGCGUCGGUCAAGCAGUUCAAACAGUUCAAAUCGAGGGGAAACUCAUCGAAGUUUGAUAACAACUGUUUAAUAUCCGGUUUAAUACGGGAUUAUAUUGAAGUGAAGUUGUUCCUGUUGAAGAUAAACUGAUUAUUCAUUAAACAUGUUCAAAUACGUGGCUGUUAUUGCGUUGAUUGGGGCGGUUGCAUUUGCUGCACCAGCACAGGAAUCGGCACAGGGAAAAUCCCUCAUUGAGGAGGCACUCGAUGUUUACGCGUCGUGCUCUGCUGAAGCCGACCUUGCUGUUUGUCUCAAGAUAAAGGCACUGCGUUUCGUUGAUCGUGCUGCCAGGUCCGCUGACAUUUCUGUCGUCGAUGGCUUGAAGAUCGUGCAGACUGAUGAGGCCAAGAGCAGUCGCGCUGACAAUGCAAGGUCGUUGAAUGAUGUUGAAGCCAGUUUGCCAACGGAUGUUGCUGCUCGUGAAGCCGCUGUUGAUGAGGCCCUCAUCGAGAGAGCCGGAAAGUUCCUGUCGACUCACACCGUUGAGCUCAGCAUGCCCGAAGAGGUCUCCCGCUCAUUCGACGAAGCCCGUGGCAAGAAGAAGAAGAUCAUCAAGACUCUGACCCCACUCUUCCUUCUCCUGAAACUCAAGGCCAUUGCUCUCAUCCCAAUUCUCCUCGGUGGUCUCGCUCUUCUCGCCUUCAAGGCCCUCGUCAUCGGCAAGAUCGCUCUCAUCAUCUCCGUCAUAAUCGCAAUCCAGAAGCUGUUGGCCGCCAAGAGCCACGGCCAGAGCUAUGAAGUUGUUGCCCAUCCGCCCCACCACGAUGAGCAUCACGACGGCCACUGGGGACGAUCAGCAACUGGUGCAGAGCUCGCUUACAGCGCUUACAAGCCAGCUAAUUAAUUUUAAUAAUUUUAUUUUGAGAAGAAGUCUCUUCAAAUCGUUAUAUUAACGCUCAACUUCAGUAUCACUCACUGUGGCAAAACAAAAUGACAAGACGAACUACAGAAAGCCAGUAUAGACGAAUUGGAGGACCAGGGGACGAGGAACCCACGAGAUCCCAGACAGGCGCGGGCUUUAUCGUCCUGCUGACGACGUGCCAUGUUUUCAUCGCCCAGACGGACAGUAGACUCGAUAAGUUUCCUCUUGACGACAACGCGACUUGACGUCGAAUCUUGACCAAUCCUUGACUGACCCUUGACUGACGCUUGACCGCAACUCCUAAACGUGGACGCUAACGCCAGGCGUCUCUGGUAUCACCAUCAUGGAUAUCAUGGUAUCAUCAUCAUCGAAUUUACCAGGAUCAUCCCGUACAAUCCCCGGGGUCCUCGGGGUAACAAAUGACUUGGCACUGGAUCCCGACUGCUUUCACAUUUUCCUUGAAGACGACAUUGCUCGAUCCAUUGCUCAAUUACCGAGAGACUCUUAGUCAGUAUCUCGCACGUAACAGUUUUAUCUUUAUUCCAUUUGCCCAAUGAUUAAUUAUUUAUAUCGGCCGAAUCAGUCGAAUCACCAUGUAACUUAUAUAUUUGUUAUUUAUGAAUAAAUAAUUUUUAUUGAA